CUUCGUUCACGCUGCUCACACUUCACCAUCACAGCCUUCGCGCUUUGAAAGGAUUUCUUAUCCCGUCGCUACUUUCUCCUCAGUCCUUCAUCCUCUUCUCUGGCUCUUUUGUCACUCAGCGGCUGGCCUGCUGACCAGCCAUGGUGAAUUCCAAAAAUGUCGCCUUCAAAGUCGACAAACAAGCUCCGGUCCGAGGACCACCACCUCAGCCUUUCGGGACUGUCAUCAACUGCCGGAAGCCAGGUGGCAAGCGAGCGAUGAGCCAGAUUGAAGAAGUGAGGUCGCAGCAAGUGCCAUUGACCAAAAUCUCCGGAGCCUUUCAAAGGGAACAGAAGCGGAAACGGAGUGUAGACGAUGGGAAGGGCGAGGAUGGGGCAGUUCAGUCCAAGAAGUCAACCACAUCCCGCGACAGCUCACCAACUCUCAUGGCUAUCCCGGCACUCCGUGGGGCAAACGACCGCAUUUUCCCCACCAUCAGACCCCAGCCGAAGCCCACGAAGCUUCGAAGAGGAAGAGCUUUGCAAAAGGAGAUCGAUUUGGAUUCCUGGUUCACUAUUUUGAGGUUCUCUGACCCUGCCCAAUUACUGGAAAUGCGGGAUAAGAUCGCUUCGUGCUAUCGUUUUCUCAGAGAUAACCCCACGCUAUGGAAACACAGCAGGAGGUAUUAUUACGGCGCUGGCCUCCCAGACCCCCCGAGUGAGCUCACAGAGUUCCAAUACGCUCAUUUACGACAUGGUCACGGAUGCAUGAGUUGUGGGACGCAAGGCACGCGAAAGACGUAUUGGGCAUUUCUUCGGCGCUGGUGCAAGACUUGCUUACAGUCCAAGAUGAUUAAAGAAAGUGAGGCACUAGCCAUGUUCAAAGAUGCUAACGGGGAAGAUAUCUCCUUCGUCCAGAAGUGUCUCCCUUCUGGAAUUUUCGACUCAUGGGGAAAUUUUGUUGGCGUUGGUCCUGCACAUGCGCACUCUCUAAAAACUGUCUACCUACUGUCGGAUGUUCAGAUGCUUGUUGCAGAUUUUGUCAAAGAAAGCCGGGACAAUCGUGUAUCCUGGCACGCCGAGAUGAGGACCUGGAUCAACAACAAAGUCAAAGUGGUCGAAGAAAGGCGUGAAUUUGCUCAAAAAAUGGAGCAUUGGGAAGACGCUACUCGCACUUCCAAAUCGUGCGAUUAUCAAGGGAAGAAGGAGGCCCGCAAGACAUUUUUCGUCGAGAAAGCUGCCCAGCUCACUCCACCUAUUAGCUUGAGGGAGAUGGAGUUAUGUCCAUCGUACCGACGGGCGGUCGCUAUUCCGAAGGAACCCAAUAUGACCUCCUGGCUUCAGUUAAAGCCGAAGCUGGAGAAGGAGGCAGCAGAGUUGACAGCAAACGGCGGACGAUUCAACGAUUCGAUGCGAUCAACGCCGAGCGAUAUGACGACGAGCACCGACAUGUUCUGAAGUUAUUUAUAUUGCAACAUAUAUUCCACGGCACACAAGCGGCGAUAUUUUAGAAUAAGGGGCGUGUUUCUGCCAGCCAGAUUCUUAGUACCAUCCACCCUUGCACGUACAACAUUUCGUAAUGUUUCUCUUCAUCUGUCAGCAUCAUCGGUCUGGGUCAUGGCAUGGUCAUGGCAUGAUAUGAACGGCGUCCGGAGCAUAGGUUGGCAUGGGCUUGCUUUCGGAGAUACUACAUAGAGCUAGAUGAAUUCUAAUGUGCA